AUGGCCCCCUGCGCCACAGCCCUGGCCCUGUGCAUGGCACUGCUCCUCGCCCCGCGGACAGACGGUGACAGGCUGGCAGGACCCACAAGAGUGCGCUUUGCUGCGGAGAUAGCGCAUCACCUGGUGCAGUGGGAACAGCAACACAGCCACACCGGUGAUGUCCGCUACGAAGUGGAGUACAAAAUCUACGGCAUGAAUUUCUCCUGGACAGCCAUCCCACACUGCAGGAAGAUCUCGGGGUACUCCUGCGACCUCACGUACUACACCCUGAAUCCUGCCCUCCGCUACUACGCCCGGGUCAGGGCCGUGUCCGGAAACCACACGUCCCCAUGGCAAAGGACCAACUCUUUCUCCCCACGAGAAGCCCGCCUGCGCCUGUCAGGCCAGAGCCUCUCCGUGACGGGCAACACCAUCCACGUGCAGCUGCAGCUGCUCCUCAGGGCAGGGAACCUCACCGUGAAAUACGACGACAUACACAAGUACACGAAGCAAUACUGGGUGUACAUCAGGAGGACACAGGACAAUCGGACGUACGAAAAGGUAGAGAACACCCCGGAGUUCAGCAUCAGCAACCUCUUCUGGGACACGGAGUACUGCAUCAGCGUGGAGCCCAACGUGGCCAGCUGGCACACCCACGCCACGCGCACCGCCGAGCAGUGCGUCACCAUCGGCAAGAGAGACA